AUGGAUCCGCGAGAUCGCGAACCAUCCCCUGCAGCUAAUUCGCUCUCACCCUCCACCGCUGCCACUGCAGCUCAAGAUGAACGACUCCGCUUGCCAGCAACCACAGACCCUCCCGGCCCACAAAACCCCCCCAAGCAGCUAGUAUGGCUGAUAUUUGGUGCAACCGGCCACAUCGGCCGCUCCCUCGUCAAAUGCGCCCUAUCCCACAAUGACCUCGUAGCAGCCGUAGGACGUACCUUCGAAAGCUCCCCCGCAAGCAUGGAAGCCCUCCACUCUGAGAACAGCAACUGCAUCGGUCUCCUCUGUGACGUGCGGGCGCGCGAAACCGUCUGCGCCGUCAUCGACAGGACCAUCAAGCAUUUCGGCUGUAUAGACCUGAUCGUUAACUGCUCCGGCUACGGCGUCGUGGGCGCCUGUGAGGACCAGGAAGAAUACGACAUCCGCAACCAGUUUGAGAUCAACUUCACCGGCACGCUGAAUAUAUUGCAGCUGUCGCUGCCGUAUUUUCGCGAGCGGAGGCAAGGUAGGUAUUUGAUAUUCAGCUCUACGUCUGGGGCGCUGGGAGUGCCGGGGCUGGGACCUUACUGCGCAACGAAAUAUGCCGUGGAAGGGCUCAUUGAGAGUAUGCUGUAUGAGGUUGACGCAUUUAAUAUUAAAGGCACGCUUGUUGAGCCGGGACAUAUGCGUCGGGAUGAUCUUGACACCCCAGAGUCUCCUUCAGGGUCCACUGCUCCGGACUUAUCCUAUUCCUCACCACUGCCAUUGUUCGGACAUUUCCUCAUCAAGCCUGCAAGCGAGCCGUAUCGCUCAAAUACCGCACCGGCAGGGCAUGCGAGACGAAUCAUACAGUGGAUGGGGGAUAAGCAGCCUAUUAGCGCGGUUAAGGCUGCUGAGCUAGUUUGGCAGCUGGCUCAUUGCUCGUUCCCGCCGUUACGGCUACUGUUGGGCAGUUAUGCGGUGGAGAGUAUUAGGGAUCGGUUGAAGUGCAUUACUGAAGAGAUUGAGGAUUGGAAGCAUCUCCAUUUCCCGCUUGCUGAUGAGGAAUCACAGCAGCAGCCAGCUUCUUUGAAAGAAGAGGUGGAGGAUAACCAGCUCUUGUAUGAUGUGUCUAUGGCUGAAUGA